CGGUCCUAUAGCCUUAUUGCUAUCCUGCUCUGCUGCUCGGGCAGAUUUUCGCCGUCAAACACAGAGCCCAUCUACCUCCAGCUUCCCUCAUAUCAGGCUGCCGACUUCAGCCUCUUGUCUCCCCAAACGCAUUCGUCUACCGCCAGGUCUGUCCGAGUCAAUGCGCCUUCUCACGUAUGACGAAGAUGGCAAGCUUAGCAUUAAGCGCUUCGACGCCCAACAGGUGCCUCGUUAUGCGAUACUGUCUCACACCUGGGGAGAAGAGGAUGAGGAGGUGACCUUUUCGAAUAUCAUCAACGGUGAUGGUUUGAACAAGGCGGGCUACAAGAAGAUUCAUUUCUGCGGUACACAGGCACGGCGCGAUGGUCUGCAGUACUUCUGGGUCGACAGCUGCUGCAUCGACACGACGGACAAGGCUGAGCACUCGCACGCCAUCCGAUCAAUGUUUCGCUGGUAUCAAGCUGCAGAGAGAUGUUAUGUUUAUCUAUUGGACGUACGUGGUUCCUUGUGGGAGUCUGCGUUCAGGUCAAGCCGUUGGUUUACACGCGGAUGGACGCUUCAAGAGCUUCUCGCACCAAACAUAGUCGAGUUCUUUUCCGCAGAUGGUGAGAAGCUAGGCGACAAGAGUUCGCUGAAGUCGCUAAUCCACAAAACAACGGGUAUUGCUCUUGAAGCUCUUGCAGGAGUUCCUCUUGCCCAAUUCGAAAUUGACGAGCGGCUGCGAUGGGCAGCAAACAGGGUAACAAAGGUUAAAGAAGAUAAGGCAUACGCACUGCUGGGUCUUUGUGACGUGGAUAUUGCGCCUCUGUAUGGAGAAGGCGAACAGGAAGCAUUCAGACGGCUUGAUAAUGAGAUUGAAAAGCUAAGAACCUGCAUACGUGAUUUGCGUCCUACCGAUCCUCGCAAAGAUAAGAAGCGAAUCGAGCAGACAAAAGGUGGACUACUCGUAGACUCCUACCGAUGGAUUCUUGACAAUGAGACCUUCCAGCAGUGGCAGAAAGAGUCAGAGAGCCGAUUGCUUUGGGUGAAAGGCGAUGCUGGAAAAGGCAAAACGAUGUUGCUCUGCGGCAUCAUCAACGAAUUACAGAAGGCAGCAAACAACACCUUUACUGUCUCCUACUUCUUCUGCCAAGCGACUGACUCACGCAUCAACUCUGCUACGGCUGUGCUGCGAGGCCUGUUGUACAUGCUCGUGGAGCAGCAACCGGCGCUGGUAUCGUAUGUCCGCAAGAAGCACGAUCGUGCAGGCGAAAGCUUGUUCAACGAUGCAAAUGCCUGGGUAACCUUGACAGAAAUCUUCGAGGAGGUGCUACGAGAGCCCAGCUUGCGCCAGACAUACUUCAUGAUCGAUGCGCUGGACGAGUGCACCACUGAUUUGCCGAAGCUACUAGACUUUAUCGCAAAGCACUCGUCGGCAUCUUCUCGCGUCAAGUGGAUUGUGUCUAGUCGCAACUGGCCUGAUAUCGAAACACAACUAGACCGAGCAGGACAGAAAGUGAAGCUUAGCCUUGAGCUGAACGCGGGUUCGAUUGCAGCAGCAGUCAACAUCUUCAUUCGCCAAAAGGUUGACGAAUUAACGCAGGAAAAGCGAUACAAUCUAGAGCUUCGGAAUGCCAUGCUUCAGCAUCUAACGUCCAACGCAAACGAUACCUUUCUCUGGGUAGCUUUAGUGUGCCAAGAUCUAGAUGCAACAGCGCCCCGGCACGUACGAAGGAAGCUAGCCUUGUUCCCGCCUGGGCUAGACGCUUUGUACGAGCAAAUGAUGCACCAGAUAAGCGUGUCUGACGACGCUAAGAUCUGUCGCCAGGUUCUGGCUGCGAUGGCGAUCUGUUACCGACCUGUCGCGAUCUGUGAAUUGAUCACGCUUGUCGAAGAGCCAGAUGAGUUUGUUGACGACUUUGAAUCAGUACGGGAGAUUAUUGGCUCCUGCAGAUCGUUCCUGAGUCUGCGGGCGGACACAGUCUAUUUUGUCCAUCAGUCUGCACAGGACUUCCUCUUGAAACAAGCGUAUGAUACGAUCUUCCCACAAGGCAACAAAUAUAUCCAUCAGGCGAUAUUUUCGAAGUCGCUAGCAAUUAUUUCCAGGUCAUUGUGUAGAGACAUGUACAACCUAACCUUAUCAGAUGGCAUAGCCGCGUUAGGUUUCCCGGUUCAGAGCUUUGAAACGCCUGAUCCGGACCCAUUGAUGGCACUGCGCUACCCAUGUGUCUACUGGAUUGACUAUCUCUGCAAGUCAGAGCCUGAGUUUGGCCCCGACAGAGUUAAUAGCCACCAAGUAAAAGAGAAGCUUAUCAAGUUUUUUAAAGAGAAGUAUCCCUACUGGCUAGAAGGGCUCAGUCUUUGCAAGAGCAUAGAAAAAGGCGUUGUUUCAAUGACAAAGCUGUGGACCUUAUUGCAGGAGGUACGUGAUGAAGGCGAACUUACUCAGCUUGUCCAAGAUGCACGGAGGUUUACAAUGUAUCAUAAAGGAGCCAUCGAGGCGUAUCCUCUGCAAACAUAUGCUUCUGCGUUGUUGUUCAGUCCAACAGGGAGUCUAACCAGAAGGUUGUUUCAGCACGAAGAGCCUAAGGAAAUAAAUAUCAAGCCAGCGUUAAGCAAGAGCUGGAGUGCAUGCCUGCAGACGCUCGAGGGCCACAGCGAUUCGGUCUACUCAGUGGCCUUCUCGCCCGACUCGGCGAGGCUGGCAUCGGGCUCGGACGACAGGACGGUCAAGAUCUGGGAUGCUCACAGUGGAGCGUGCCUGCAUACGCUCAAGGGCCACAGCAGUUAUGUCAGCGCAGUAGCCUUCUCGCCCGACUCGGCGAGGCUGGCAUCGGCGUCAAAUGACAGGACAGUCAAGAUCUGGGAUGCUCACAGCGGAGCGUUUCUGCAGACCCUCAAGGGCCAUAGCAGUCCGGUCUACUCAGUGGCCUUCUCGCCCGACUCGGCGAGGCUGGCAUCGGCGUCGAAUGACAGGACAGUCAAGAUCUGGGAUGCUCACAGCGGAGCGUGCCUGCAUACGCUCAAGGGCCAUAGCCGUUGGGUCUACUCAGUAGCCUUCUCGCCCGACUCAGCGAGGCUGGCGUCGGGGUCGUGGGACAUGACGGCCAAGAUCUGGGAUGCUCACAGCGGAGCGUGCCUGCAAACGCUCGAGAAACAAAGAAACCCUGACCUUCCGUCCAUCCUUGCGACACAACGCUGUAACGAAGAUGUCGACAAAGGCUAGCAGUCUUUACAUCAUGAUACCACUAUCAAUGUACAUACUGUCUGGAUUUCCAUUAACUCUAAAAAUGUGCUGUGGGUGCCAUCAGAGUACCGACCAAGCUGUUCCACUGUGUUAGACAAAUCUAUAGGACUAGGUACUGGGCAUGGAAAAGUCUGGAUAGUUCGCGUCAAGUAAUCUGAAGUGUCUGAGAGAUCUCCUUCAUUCUCUCCAUUCUAUUUCUUAUACCUUAGCAUUCAGAGAGGGCUGGGGAUAUACUUGCUUAUAUGCUUUAACUCUUUGCCACAUAGAAUCUUCGAGCAAGUGCUCGUUGUGUGAUCUCAGUACUCUUGAUCGUCG